AAUCGGAGUAAAUCAGUAAACACCAGGUGGUGUCCUGUGUCCCGAAAGGGACGAGUAUCUCGUAUAGGAAAAGAAACGAAGGAAGAAAAGAAGGAGGUGGAAAAGGAGGAGAAGUAAACGCGGGGACGGCGUCGAGGAGAUCGUUUCCGCGUGCCACCACGGGGGCUUGCUUAGGGUACACGUCCGUGGUGUUCGCAUAUGCCAGUUCGCAGCAGCUUCGGUGGCCGGCAGCGUGAGCAGCGGAUCUGUGCGCGCAAGCGUGACACGGGAUUUACAGCAUGGCGGAGCGCAGGAAAAACAGGAAGCGCAAAGAUGAAGUAGCCAGUUUGGAUACUAAAGGCGCUCAGGACAAACCGUCCAAGGAAGAGUACGCGGUAGCUAAGUGGAUCCGCAAUAAUGUACCGUCGAAGAAGACCAAGUUCGAUAGGACUCACAAUGUUGAGUACUUCACUGGAUCGCGUGCAAUUGACGCUCUAUUGGAAAAUUCACCCUGGAGCACAGUGUUCGAGAACCGUGAGCAGGUCUCCCAGUUCUUGGACCUGAUGCUCAGACACAAGUUCUUUCACAGAGCCAAGAAGGUAGUAAUUUCUGAAGAAGAACUUAACAAAAUGCGAGGCAUUAAGAAGAAGACUACGAAAGAGGACAAAAAAGCCACAGAUAAGGAAGAUUCCAAGGAAAACAAAGAUGCAGUUGUGGUGAAGGAAAAGGAAGAGAAAGGCGAAGAGAAAAUCGACGAACGGAAGGAGCAUAAGAAAAAGCCAAAAGUGAGACUAGAAAUGCAUAUGGAACAGUACUUUGUGGAUUGUAACGACGCGUAUGUGUGGAUAUACGAGCCGAUUCCUGUAUAUUAUUGGUUCUUUGGUACGCUUGUAGUCUUAGGUGCAAUAGGAGUCUGUCUCUUCCCACUGUGGCCCUUGACUAUCCGUCACGGAGUUUAUUAUCUAAGUGUCGCCGCUGCGGGAUUUCUCGUAUUUAUAUUAGCACUGGCUAUUAUUAGAAUGAUCGUAUUCUGUCUUCUGUGGGUACCCACGUUGGGUAGAUGUCAUUUAUGGCUGCUACCUAAUCUGACAGCCGACGUUGGCUUCUUUGCGUCCUUCUGGCCAUUAUAUCAGUAUGAAUAUUAUGGCCCCACGUCGGACGGCGAUAAGAAGAUCAGCAAAAAGAAAAGAAGGAAAGAGAAAGAUUCUGAUUCCGAGGAUGCGCCAUUAGUUCAAGAAGAGAAAGAACCUGUAGCAACGGAAGCGUCUAACGAGGAGUUAGCUUUACCUAGCGAAGAGAGGAAAACUUCGUCCGAUUCAGCCGAAGGAGAAGACGGCAGUGAGGAAGGUUCGGAGAGCGAAAAAUCUAAUACGAGUCGAGAUUUCGUUAUGGUUUAAAACGUGAAAACU